AUGAGUGGCCCCGGCGUAGGUUUCGAAUAUCCUUCCCAGGAAGUUUCCUGGCUGAAGCGGGACCAACUGACAAAUUUGCCAGCCUUCAAGCACACCGACCAAGAGGUCAUAGAUUUUUACGCCCGCUCAGCUGCAACGCCCAUAGCCAAUGUACCCAAAUUUGAUAGCCGCCGUGUGGUCGAUGGUCAGCGGUCUAUGAAGUUCCUUAAGCCCUUACCUCCUACAAGCGUAGGCAAGAAAUUUGAGCUGCGGUCCAAGGUUCUUGGCGUAUAUGACAAAGGCAAGGUGGGGACCGUAAUCGAGACGGAGACGGUACUUGCAGAGAAAGGUGGAGAUGUAUACACCAAAGCUGUAGGCAGUGCGUUCUUCAUCGGACAAGGCAAUUGGGGUGGGCCUAAAGGUCCAAGUACAGUAAACUACCCACCACCAGAAGGGAAGAAAUCGGACGCAGUGCAUAUUCUGCAGACAGCCAAGGAAUCUGCCCAUCUAUACAGACUCAAUGGCGAUUACAAUCCUCUCCACGCGACCCCAGAACCAGGUCAGGAGAUGGGAUUUGGGGGUGCCAUUAUGCACGGACUCUUCUCGUGGAAUUCUGCUUGUCACGGCUUACUGCAGACGCUUGGUGGUAGUGAUCCUGCGAAUCUAAGAGAGUUUGAGGCAAGAUUUGCAGCACCGGUAAAGCCUGGAGACAAGCUUGUGACAGAAGCUUGGAGGACGGGUGAGGUCAAAGAUGGAUGGGAAGAACGUGACUAA